CUAAACCUGGGAGGACGAAGCUUCCAGAGCCGCGUUGUUGAGGAAGAUCUCAGUCCCCAUUGGAACGAGGUCUUUGAGGUGAUCGUCACAUCAAUUCCAGGCCAAGAGCUAGAGGUUGAGGUUUUUGACAAGGACCUGGACAAGGAUGACUUUCUGGGCAGGUGUAAAGUGAGUCUCACCACAGUCCUAAAUAAUGGCUUCCUUGAUGAGUGGCUGACCCUGGAGGAUGUCUCAUCUGGCCGCCUACACUUGCGUCUGGAGCGUCUGACCCCCCCCCGUCCCACUGCUGCCGAGUUAGAGGAGGUGCUGCAGAUGAACGGUUUGAUCCAGACUCAGAAGAGUGCAGAACUGGCAGCAGCCCUGCUCUCUGUCUACCUGGAGCGGGCUGAGGACCUGAGGCUCCGAAAAGGUACCAAGCCUCCCAGCCCUUAUGCUACUCUUGCUUUGGGAGAUACUUCUCAUAAAACGAAGACUGUUUUCCAAACGUCAGCCCCUGUCUGGGAUGAGAGUGCCUCCUCUCUCAUCAGGAAACCAAACUCUGAGAGCCUGGAGUUGCAGGUUCGGGGUGAGGGGACUGGCACACUGGGCUUGUUAUCCCUGCCUCUCUCCGAGCUCCUCGUGGCUGACCGGCUCUGCUUGGACCGCUGGUUUAUGCUCAGCAAUGGUCCAGGGCAGGAGCUACUGCGAGCACAGCUCGGGGUCCUGGUGUCCCAGCACUCAGGGGUGGAAGCUCACAGCCACAGCUACAGCCACAGCUCCUCAUCUCUGAGCGAAGAACCAGAGCUCUGGAGGGGACUCCCUCACAUCACUUCCUCAGCCCCAGAGCUCCGGCAGCGCCUAACACGCAGUGACAGUCCCCUUGAGGCUCCAGCCGGGCCUGUGGGCCAGGUGAAACUGACUGUUUGGUACUACAGUGAAGAACGCAAGCUGGUCAGCAUCAUUCACAGUUGCUGGGCCCUUCGACAAAAUGAACGGGAUCCCCCCUACCCCUACGUGUCACUGUUGCUACUGCCAGACAAGAACCAGGGCACCAAGAGGAAGACCUCACAGAAGAAGAGGACCCUAAAUCCUGAAUUCAAUGAACGGUUUGAGUGGGAAUUGCCCCUGGAUGAGGCCUUUUGGCGAAAGCUGGAUGUCUCUGUGAAGUCUAGUUCCUCCUUCAUGUCAAGAGAGCGUGAGCUGCUAGGGAAGGUGCAGUUGGACCUCGCUGAGAUAGACCUUUCCCAGGGUGCAGUCCAGUGGUAUGACCUCAUGGAUGACAAGGACAAGGGCAGCUCCUAGGAGCCGGAGAUUACCAGCCUGACUGCUCUGUCUCCUUGCCUCACCUCUCACUGCAUCACCGCCUCAAUGUG